AUGAAUGAGAUUAAAGAAGAAAUAAAAGAGGAGCCAAUGGACGAAGAGACAACCGAAAAACCAUUCCAAGUCUUGGGAAACCGGCCAAUGGUGAAUCUAGAAGCUUUGAAAGUCACAAGUUCUUGGGUAUCAAAUGCAACAACUUUCUCCGCAAAAAUCGAUGAAACAACCUCGCAAAAACUUGAAGAAAUCGAACUUCCCGAGCACUUGGCAGCGCAUUCCCCAAUCCAGAAAUGGUUUCCAGUACAAUAUUCAGUUUUGCCGACGCUUUUCAAAGAACUUCAGGUUCCACCGGCAUUUCGACCACGAGACGUUGCGAUUGCUGCACCAACCGGUUCGGGAAAAACGAUUUGCUAUGUGCUGCCGGUUUUGGCGGCGAUUGGCACAACGAAAUCGAAUAUUUUGCAAGCUGUGAUAUUGGUGCCUGUUCAGACGUUGGUCAAGCAAAUCGUCGAUGAAUUUGAUCGCUGGAACAAGGAGGGAUAUGCCAAAGUGCAAGCUCUUUCAGGAGCAAAUGAUUUUGAGAAAGAAUCGAAGAGUUUGCAAACCGAACCGCCGAAUGUGAUUGUAGCGACGCCGGCGAGAUUUGUUCAGCAUUUGGUGGAGAAAAUUCCGGCGAAAAUUGAUUUAACGAAAUUGAGGUGCGGAUCGACUUGACAAAUUAAAUUUCAUUUUCAUUAUUUUUGUUCAAGCGAUUCGCUGGACAUCGACUAAAUGACAUUUUCAUGUUUUUUUAGGCAAAUGAGUUGAAAUAUUGGAUUUUAAUCGUUGUCAUAUGAUAGAAUGGUCUAAGACGAACAGAAUCAUAUAAAUUUUCAUGACUUUACGUUGUCCUUAAGUGAUUUAGCGAGGUUUAGGCGAUAUUUAGUCGAUAAGCCGCUAAAUCACUUAUGGAUGAGGUAAACUACGUUGUCCAUAAGUGAUUUAGCGACGUUUAGGCGAUAUUUAGUCGAUUAGCCGCUAAAUCACUUAUGGAUGAGGUAAACUACGUUAUCCAUAAGUGAUUUAGCGACGUUUAUGCGAUAUUUAGUCGAUAAGCCGCUAAAUCCCUUAUGGAUAAGGUAAACUACGUUAUCCAUAAGUGAUUUAGCGAGGUUUAGUCGAUAUUUAGUCGAUAAGCCGCUAAAUCCCUUAUGGAUAAGGUAAACUACGUUAUCCAUAAGUGAUUUAGCGAGGUUUAGUCGAUAUUUAGGCCCUAAACCUCGCUAAAUCACUUAUGGAUAAGGUAAACUCAUCAAAAUUUAUAUGAUUCUGUUCGUCUUAGACCAUUCUACCAUAUGAAUAACAUUAAAAUCCAGUAUUUUAACUCACUUGCUUAAAAAACAUGAAAAUGUCAUUUAGUCGAUGUCCAACGCAAUUUUGCUUGAACAAAAAUAAUGAAAAUGAAAUUCAGUUUGUUAUAUAAUACGUGACCUAUUUUUCCUUCACACGUGUCAUUCAAAUCUACAUAUUUUCCCCCUCAUUUCAGAUAUCUCAUCGUCGACGAAGCCGAUCGAAUGGGAAAAUUGAUGCGAGAAGAGUGGCUGGAAAUCGUCGAAUAUUUGUGCGGUGGAAUGAGCCGCGUGCAGAAUCUCAAUGAUAUUUUGCGUCAACGUCGGGCGCCGCAGAAAAUUGUGCUUUCGGCGACACUCUCGAAAGAUGUUGAAGAGUUGCAUUUGUGGAAUUUGUUCAAGCCACGGUUGUUUUCAGCGACGGCGACGAGAAGUAAAGAGGUGCGUGUUUUCUGGGCGGAAAUUUGUGCAUUUUUGACCAAUUUCUGAUAAAUUUACUGUUUUGGCCGAAUUAUGAUCAAAAUUUGGUCAAAAAUUGGUCAAAAUUGACCAAUUUUUGAUCAAUUUUUGACCAAAACACGAAUUGGUGCAUUUUUGGUCAAAAAAUUGGCCAAAAUUGACCAAAAAUCACAGAUUGACCAAUAUUUGGUCAAUUAUCGACCAAAAAACGAAUUGGUACAUUUUUAGUCAAAAAAUUGCUCAAAAAAUUUGUCGAAAAUUGACCAAAAAUCACCGAUUGACCAAUAUUUGAUCAAUUUUUGACCAAAACACGAAUUGGUGCAUUUUUGGUCAAAAAAUUGGUCAAAAAUUGGCCAAAAAUCACCGAUUGACCAAUAUUUGGUCAAUUUUUGACCAAAAAAACGAAUUGGUGCAUUUUUGGUCAAAAAAUGGUCAGAAAAUAAAGCUCAAGAAUAUCAAAAAAGCUUCAAAACCUCUAGAAACCCCCUUUUAUCCCUUAGAACCUCAUUCUUUUUUCCCAGAUCUCCGCGCCCACCAAAGAAAUCAACCACGUAUCCGGAAACCUGGCUCUACCAUCAUCGAUUUCGCAUAGAUUAUUGAUUUGCGAUGCAAAAUACCACCCCUUGGCUGUUUAUCAACACAUUUGCCGAAAUGAAUUCAAUAGGACGAUUAUUUUUGUGAAUGAAGUGUGA